GAUUUUGUUUUUCUAUGUAUCGCCUACCAUCGAAGACCAUCUGAGAAAAAUUCUCACGCCUACAAAACCUUCCAUCUUCUACGACUUUCACCAUUUCAAGUUGCAACCCUCAAAACUCAACCCCAAAUUCCUUUUUUCUCACUACACCUACGGAGCCAUGUUCAGAGCGAUGAGCACGAGGAAAGGUCGCCGGGGAUACGAUCAAUUAAUCAGCGAACCCACCGCCGACGACGAUCUAUUAUCAGAGCCUCAGAUGAUCAGAUCCACAACGUUGCCUCCGAAUUUCUUCGGCGAUUUACCGGCGAAGUUUGUUCCAGAACCGAAAGUCCCAAAUUUCAUAAAAAAAGAAGCGAAGAAACUGAGCAAACUUGAUCCCCUCUUCAGCUUAUUCGAGAAGAAGAACCGGAAGAAGAAGGCGACAGCUAAACCAGAGUUCGCAAGAUACAUGCAAUACCUUAAGGAAGGAGGUAGUUGGAAUCCUAAUUCAACUAUGCCUGUAAUCUACUGA